ACAAAUCACAGAACUAGAGAGUGCAGAGCAAAUGAGUUCGUACUUUGUGAAUAGCACUUUCCCUGGGAGCCUGCCUAAUGGACAGGACUCGUUUGUGGGUCAAAUCCCCCUCUACUCAUCGGGAUAUGAAGCUUUAAGGCAUUUUCCUGGUUCUUAUGGGACAUCUCCCCUUCAGGACAAGUCCUACUCGUCGCCCUGCUUCUAUCAGCAGUCCAGUACAGUUAUUGCUUGCAACCGAAACUCUUAUGACUAUGGGACGUCUUGUUUCUAUCCGGACAAGGACAGCACCAACAGCCCUUCCUCGUACCCUACCAACAAGAGAUCCCAUACCGGGGAUUAUCUCCAUUUCUCUACUGAGCAGCAAUACAAAUCUACUAAUAUACAAGGUAAAAUGUUCAAUGAGGAAGCUAACGACCGGAAGUAUAGUAACCCUGUCUACCCCUGGAUGCAGAGAGCCAACUCCUGCGCUGGUGCAGUGUACGGCAGCCACGGCAGCAGGAGGGGAAGACAAACUUAUACCAGAUACCAGACCUUAGAGCUGGAGAAAGAAUUCCAUUUCAAUAGAUACCUGACAAGGAGGAGGAGGAUUGAAAUAGCAAAUGCUCUCUGCCUCACAGAACGACAGAUUAAAAUUUGGUUUCAAAACAGGAGAAUGAAAUGGAAGAAAGAAAGCAAGAUUAUUAAUUCUUCCCAACCGAACAGCGACCCAGCAGAGGACAAAUCAGUCAAUGAAAGUUAACACCAGGCCUCUCCUCUAUUCACGUCAAUAUCGUACUCUGAUCUGCACACAUACCACAUACUUUUACAAAGGAUUCAUGCCCAUUUCCACCCUCAUUCUCCUUCACAGUGACUG